GGAUCAGCAGCCCUGAGAAUGACGCCGCCGUCGCUGCCGCCGCCGCUCUAGAGCCAACACACAUUCUGCCAUCCAUCCAUCCAUCCUGCGUCGCUCGUGUCUGCGUGUGCGUGUCCCCAGGUGCUUGUGCAUGUGUCUCCGUGUCCUUCCAGCCUAGCCUGAGCAUCCCCCACGUCUCACCAUGAUUGCCGCAGCCUUCUUGGUGCUGCUGAGACCUUACAGCGUUCAAUGUGCCCUCUUCCUCUUGCUGCUCCUCCUGGGGACCAUCGCCACCAUCCUCUUCUUCUGCUGCUGGCACCGCAGGCUGCAGAAGGGGAGGCAUCCCAUGAAAUCUGUCUUUUCGGGUCGUUCCAGGAGCCGAGAUGCGGUCGUGAGAUCUCACCACUUGCGUUCAGAGGGAUUUAGAGCAAGUCCUCGCCAUACCAGAAGAAGAGUAGCGGCCCGUCUAGAAGAAACUGAGCCUUUAGCAGAAGUACACCAUCAGAGCGAACAAGAAACUUCAGUGAGAAAAAGGAAACUCAAGAAAAGCAGCCGAGUUCAGCCAGAAUUUUACCACUCUGUUCAAGUUCCUUCAACUAGAAAACCUAGCUCUGGGAACGCUUCCUAUCGCUGCUCUAUGUCUUCCUCUGCGGAUUUUUCUGAUGAAGAUGAUUUCAGCCAGAAAUCAGGCUCUGCAUCUCCGGCUCCAGGGGACACAUUACCCUGGAAUCUCCCUAAGCAUGAGCGAUCCAAAAGAAAGAUUCAAGGUGGUUCGGUGCUGGAUCCUGCGGAGAGAGCUGUGCUGAGGAUAGCAGAUGAACGGGACAAAGUUCAGAAGAAAACUUUCACCAAGUGGAUAAAUCAGCAUCUCAUGAAGGUUCGAAAGCAUGUGAAUGACCUCUAUGAAGACCUAAGGGAUGGACACAACUUGAUCUCUCUCUUGGAAGUUCUUUCAGGUGAUACCUUGCCUCGGGAGAAAGGUCGGAUGCGUUUUCACAGACUACAGAAUGUACAAAUUGCCCUUGACUAUUUGAAAAAACGCCAGGUGAAACUAGUGAAUAUUAGGAAUGAUGACAUAACAGACGGGAAUCCCAAAUUGACUUUGGGGUUAAUAUGGACAAUAAUUUUGCACUUUCAGAUAUCUGAUAUCCAUGUUACUGGAGAGUCAGAGGAUAUGUCUGCUAAAGAAAGAUUGUUAUUAUGGACACAGCAGACAACUGAAGGCUAUGCUGGAAUUCAUUGUGAAAAUUUCACUACAUGCUGGAGAGAUGGAAAAUUAUUUAAUGCCAUCAUUCAUAAAUACAGGCCGGACCUGAUAGACAUGAAUUCUGUUGCUGUUCAAAGCAACCUUGCAAAUUUAGAACAUGCUUUUUAUGUAGCAGAAAAAAUUGGUGUCAUAAGACUUCUUGACCCUGAAGAUGUUGAUGUCUCCUCACCUGAUGAAAAGUCAGUGAUAACCUAUGUGUCAUCACUCUAUGACGCAUUUCCCAAGGUACCAGAAGGCGGUGAAGGCAUCAGUGCUAAUGAUGUUGAAGUUAAGUGGAUUGAAUACCAGAAUAUGGUAAACUACCUCCUUCAGUGGAUCAGGCACCAUGUUACCAUAAUGUCUGACAGAACAUUUCCCAACAAUCCUGUAGAACUAAAGGCACUUUAUAAUCAAUAUUUACAAUUUAAAGAAACAGAAAUUCCACCAAAGGAGAUAGAAAAGUCAAAAAUUAAACGUCUCUAUAAAUUACUAGAGAUUUGGAUAGAGUUUGGACGCAUCAAACUCCUUCAGGGCUACCAUCCAAAUGAUAUAGAAAAAGAGUGGGGAAAACUCAUUAUUGCCAUGCUUGAGCGGGAGAAGACUCUACGGCCCGAAGUGGAGAGGUUGGAAGUAUUGCAGCAGAUUGCAAGCCGUGUUCAGAGGGACAGUAUAGUCUGUGAAGACAAAUUGAUACUUGCUCGAAAAGCUCUCCAGGCUGAUUCUAAAAGAUUAGAAUCAGGGCUGCAAUUCCAGAAUGAAGCAGAAAUUGCUGGAUACGUACUUGAAAGUGAAAAUCUUUUACGCCAGCAUGUAAUCGAUGUGCAAAUUCUUAUUGAUGGAAAAUACUAUCAGGCUGAUCAGCUGGUACAGAGGGUUGCAAAACUACGUGAUGAAAUUAUGGCCUUAAGAAGUGAAUGUUCUUCCGUGUACAGCAAAGGACGCUCCCUGACAACAGAACAGACAAAGCUUGUGAUAUCAGGAAUAACACAAAGUUUAAACUCAGGAUUUGCACAGACCUUAAAUCCCUGUUUAAACUCGGGGCUGACCCAGAGUUUAACACCUUCACUUACCCCUUCCAGUAUGACAUCAGGCCUGUCAUCAGGUCUGACUUCCAGACUGACACCAUCUGUCACUCCUGCCUAUACACCUGGCUUUCCAUCAGGAUUAAUUCCAAAUUUUGGAUCAGGAAUGGACACCAAUUCAUUGCAAACACUCAAGUUGAUGCAAAUCCGAAAACCACUUCUGAAAUCCUCUUUGUUAGAUCAGAAUUUAACAGAAGAGGAAAUCAACAUGAAGUUUGUUCAGGAUCUCUUGAAUUGGGUGGAUGAAAUGCAGGUGCAACUGGAUCGAACCGAAUGGGGUUCUGAUUUGCCAAGUGUUGAAAGCCAUUUAGAAAAUCACAAAAAUGUUCACAGAGCUAUUGAAGAAUUUGAAUCUAGCCUUAAAGAAGCUAAAAUCAGUGAGAUCCAAAUGACUGCUCCCCUCAAACUCACGUAUGCAGAAAAGUUGCAUAGAUUGGAGAGUCAGUAUGCAAAACUCUUGAAUACAUCCAGGAAUCAGGAGCAACAUCUAGAUACUCUUCAUAACUUUGUGUCUCGAGCUACUAAUGAGCUUAUUUGGUUGAAUGAAAAAGAGGAGGAGGAAGUUGCUUAUGACUGGAGUGAAAGAAAUUCAAACAUAUCCAGGAAAAAGGAAUACCAUUCAGAAUUAAUGAGAGAACUUGAUCAAAAGGAAGAAGUAAUUAAGUCAGUUCAGGAAAUAGCAGAGCAGCUACUUCUAGAAAACCAUCCUGCCCGGCUAACUAUUGAGGCUUAUCGAGCAGCGAUGCAGACACAGUGGAGUUGGAUUUUACAACUUUGCCAUUGCGUGGAACAACACAUAAAGGAGAACAGCACCUAUUUUGAGUUUUUCAAUGAUGCCAAAGAAGCCACAGACUACUUAAGGAACUUAAAAGAUGCCAUUCAGAGGAAAUAUAGCUGUGACAGGUCCAGCAGCAUCCACAAGCUGGAAGACCUUGUUCAAGAGUCAAUGGAAGAGAAAGAAGAACUUUUGCAGUAUAAGAGCACAAUAGCAAGUCUAGUGGGCAGGGCAAAAACAAUAAUUCAGCUAAAGCCCAGGAAUCCUGAUAAUCCACUCAAAACAUCCAUUCCAAUUAAAGCCAUUUGUGACUACAGACAAAUUGAGAUAACCAUUUACAAAGAUGAUGAAUGUGUAUUAGCAAGCAAUUCCCAUCGUGCUAAAUGGAAGGUCAUUAGUCCAACUGGGAAUGAAGCCAUGGUCCCAUCAGUGUGCUUUACUGUUCCUCCACCAAACAAAGAAGCCAUUGACACGGCAAACAGAAUUGAACAACAAUUUCAGAAUGUUCUGGCCCUUUGGCAUGAGUCUCACAUAAACAUGAAGAGUGUAGUUUCCUGGCAUUAUCUGGUUAAUGAAAUUGAUACGGUUCGGGCUAGCAACGUUGCCUCGAUAAAGACAAUGUUACCUGGUGAGCAUCAACAGGUCCUGAGUAAUCUAGAAUCUCGUUUUGAAGACUUCCUGGAAGAUAGCCAGGAAUCCCAGAUAUUUUCAGGCUCAGAUAUAACACAACUGGAAAAGGAGGUUAAUGUAUGCAAACAGUAUUAUCAAGAACUUCUUAAAUCAGCAGAACGAGAGGAGCAAGAAGAAUCUGUUUACAAUCUUUACAUCUCAGAAGUCCGAAAUAUCAGGCUUCGCUUGGAAAACUGUGAAGAUCGGUUGAUUAGACAGAUCCGAACCCCACUAGAGAGAGAUGAUCUCCAUGAAAGUGUGUUCAGGAUCACAGAGCAAGAGAAACUCAAAAAAGAAUUGGAUCGACUCAAAGAUGAUUUGGCAACCAUUACAGACAAAUGUGAAGAAUUUUUCAGUCAAGCUGCGGCAUCACCAUCCACCCCAACUUUGCGCUCAGAGCUCAACGUCAUCAUUCAAAGCAUGAAUCAAGUCUAUUCCAUGUCUUCCAUUUACAUAGAUAAGUUGAAAACUGUUAAUUUGGUAUUAAAAAAUACUCAGGGGGCAGAAGCACUUGUAAAACUCUAUGAAACUAAACUGUGUGAGGAAGAAGCUGUGACAGCUGACAAGAAUAAUAUUGAAAAUCUCAUGAGUACAUUGAAGCAAUGGAGAUCUGAAGUAGAUGAAAAAAGGGAAGUAUUUCAUGCUUUAGAGGAUGAAUUGCAGAAAGCGAAAGCCAUCAGUGAUCAGAUGUUUAUAACCUAUAAAGAACGUGAUCUUGAUUUUGACUGGCACAAAGAGAAAGCAGAUCAGUUAGCUGAAAGAUGGCAAAAUGUUCACACUCAGAUUGAAAACAGAUUACGUGACUUGGAAGCUAUUGGCAAGUCUUUGAAGUACUAUAGAGAUACAUAUCAUCCUCUGGAUGAUUGGAUUCAGCAUGUUGAAGAUACUCAGAGAAAGAUUCAGGAAAACCAACCUGAGAAUAGUAAAACAUUGGCAACACAACUGAAUCAACAGAAGAUUCUGGUAUCUGAAAUAGAAAUGAAACAGAAUAAAAUGGAUGAGUGCCAAAAAUAUUCAGAACAGUAUGCAACUGCUGUGAAGGACUAUGAAUUACAAACAAUGACUUAUCGGGCUAUGGUAGACUCACAGCAGAAAUCCCCAGUGAAACGCAGGAGGAUGCAGAGUUCAGCUGACCUCAUCAUACAAGAGUUCAUGGACUUAAGAACCCGCUACACAGCUCUGGUUACCCUAAUGACUCAAUAUAUUAAAUUUGCUGGUGACUCUUUGAAAAGACUGGAAGAAGAGGAGAAGUCUCUCGAAGAAGAAAAGAAAGAACAUGUUGAAAAAGCCAAAGAGCUACAGAAAUGGGUAUCAAAUAUUAGCAAGACAUUGAAAGAAGGCGAGAAGGCUGGCAAAUCAUCCUUCUCAAAGCAGCAGAUUUCCAGUGAAGAAAUUGCCACGAGGAAGGAACAGUUAUCUGAAGCCCUUCAAACCAUACAGUUGUUUCUCGCUAAACAUGGUGAUAAAUUAACUGAUGAAGAAAGAAAUGAAAUGGAAAAACAAAUGAAAUCUCUUCAAGAAGGUUACAACUUAUUUAGUGACUCUCUGAAGCAACUUCAGGAAUCACAUAUUCUAAGAGAUGAAAAGGUGGAAGAGAAGAUUGUGGCAGAACGGGAGCAGGAGUAUAAGGAAACACUCCAGGGAAUAUGUGAUCUCCUCACCCAGACAGAAAACCGGCUGAUUGGUCACCAAGAAGCUAUUGUGAUUGGAGACAGCAAGGACGAAUUAAAGCUGUACCAAACCAAACAAGAGGAGCUACAGAAGGAGAUGCAGAGAAGUGCGCAGGCAUUGGCAGAGAAAGUGAAAAAGACUGAGAAGUUCCUGAUGGAGAGUGGAGAAAAAUUAUCACAAGAAGACAAAGCACUAAUUGAACAGAAACUCAGGGAAGCUAAGAUGAAGUGUGAGCAACUGAACCAGAAGGCGGAACAGUCAAAAAAGGAAUUAGAUAAGGCAGUAACCACAGCAAUUAAGCAGGAAACUGAAAAGGUUGCAGCAGUAGCACAGCUGGAAGAGAGUAAAAACAAAAUAGAAGAUCUUUUGGAUUGGUUAUCAAAUGUAGAUAAGGAAGGAGAAAGGGCAGGGAAGAAAUCUCACCAGGAGAUUGAACAAAAUGGAACUCAUUUUCAAGAAGGUGACCUCAAUUCCAUGAUUGGAGAGGAGGAUGAAUUUAAUGGUAACUUGAUGGAAAUAGAUGUUGAUGGACAAGUAAGAACCACAGAGGAAAAUCUGAACCAACAAUACCAGAAAGUAAAGGCGCAGCACGAGAAGAUUGUUUCUCAGCAUCAGGCAGUUAUUAUAGCUACUCAGUCUGCACAAGCUUUACUUGAGAAGCAGGGUCACUACCUGUCUUCAGAAGAGAAGGAGAAACUACAGAGGAACUUGAAGGAGUUGAAGACGCAGUAUGAGACAGCUCUGGCAGAGUCAGAGAAGAAAGUGAAAUUGACCAACUCUCUGCAAGAAGAACUAGAAAAAUUUGAUGCAGACUACAAUGAAUUUGACAGUUGGCUGCAGCAGUCAGAGCAAGAACUUGAGAACUUAGAGGCUGGUGCUGAUGAUUUUGGUGGGAUAAUGACCAAGCUAAAGAGGCAGAAGAGUUUUUCAGAAGAUGUCAUUUCUCACAAAGGUGAUUUAAGGUACAUUACAAUUUCUGGACACCGAGUCUUAGAGGCUGCCAAGUCUUGCAGCAGAAGAGCUGGUGGCAAAGGUGACAAGGAUAAGUUUGACACUUCUGCAACAUACAAGGAAGUACAGGGGAAAUUGGACCUUGCCAGUGAGCGUUUCAAAUCCCUCUAUGCUAAGUGCAAUGUCCUUGGAAACAAUCUGAAAGACCUGGUAGAUAAAUAUCAGCGCUAUGAAGAUGCCUCUUCUGGACUUCUUUCUGGGCUCCAGUCCUGUGAGACAGCAGCAAACAAACACUUACUGGAACCCAUAGCCACGGAUCCAAAAAAUCUCCAGCGCCAACUGGAAGAAACUAAGGUUCUUCAAGGACAAGUAUCCAGCCACCAGGUUGCUGUAGAGAAACUGAAAAAAACAGCAGAAGUGCUUUUAGACACCAGGGGAGCUUUACUGCCAGACAAGAAUGAUAUACAGAAAACACUGGAUGACAUUGUUGGGAGAUAUGAUAAUUUGUCUAAGUCUAUUAAUGAGCGGAAUGAAAAACUCCAGGUUACCUUAACCCGAUCCCUCAGUGUGCAGGAUGGUUUAGAUGAAAUGUUGGAUUGGAUGGGAAGUGUUGAAAAAUCUCUGAAGGAGCAAGGUCAAGUGCCCUUAAACUCUGCUGCUAUUCAAGACAUCAUCAGUAAAAAUAUGAUGAUGGAGCAAGAUAUUGCAGGUCGCCAGAGCAGUAUAAAAGCCAUGAAUGAAAAAGUAAAGAAAUUUAUGGAUACCACAGACCCUUCUACUGCAUCCUCUCUACAAGCCAAAAUGAAGGACCUGUCAGUUCGAUUUUCAGAAGCCAGUAAAAAACACAAAGAAAAACUGGACAACCUGGAGAAGCUGAAAACCAAAGUCGAAUCAUUUGAAAGACUUUCAGAAAAGCUUCAGUCAUUUUUUGAAACAAAAGCUCAGGCUCUUGCUGAAAUGGAUGGUCCAGGAAAAGAUGUUAUUGAAUUGUCUCAGUGUAUUCAAGAGUCUAGUAAUGAAGUCUUAGAAUGCAAAAAAGAUCUUGAAACUUUGCAAAACCUCUUGAAGGAACUGUCUAUUCAUGGUUUCCCUGGGGAUAAGGCUUUACUUUUGGAAAAAACAAAUACUUUGUCAAAGAAGUUCAAGGAAAUGGAGGAUUCCAUUAAGGAAAAAAAAGAAGCAAUAUCUUCUUGUCAAGAACAAACAGAAGCCUUUCAGCUCCUUGUCAAAUACCUAAAGACAUGGAUGGAAGAAGCCACAGAGAAAAUUCCCAUCAUCCAACCCUCAAUGGGGGCAGAUGAUUUAAAGAAAUCUUUGGAAGAAACUAAGAAAUUACAAGGGGAGUGGAGCUCGAAAACAUCAGAGAUUCAGAAAGUAAACAGCAAAGGAACAUCAUUAUGUAACUUAAUAAGUGCUAUGACUUCCCCUACAAAGGCAAUAGCAGUGAUUAAAUCAGGUGGAACAGUCUUAAAUGGUGAAGGAACACCCUCAGAUGCGCAGGAAUUCUUGACAAAUAAAGAACUGACAUCCAUCAAAAAGAAAAUGGCUGACAUAAAUUGCAGUUACGAAAAUCUCGGAGUCACAUUGAAGGAUAAAAUCUUUGAACUAGGUGCCAAACUCACAGUAUUGCAAAAGGCUGAGGAAGAAUCAAGUUCAAUGCUGCAAUGGUUAGAUAAAAUGGACAAAAAGGCAACAGGAUGGGAUACGACCGCUACAGAUAGUGAAGGUGUGAAGACACAAGUUGAGCAGAAUAAGACAAUUGAAACAGAACUGAAGCAAAAUAUGAAUAAAGUGCAGGAGCUGAAAGACAAAUUGACAGAUUUGAUGGAACAGAAUCCAUACUCUCCGGAGGCACCCAAAUGGAGACAGAUGUUGGUGGAGAUAGAUUCCAAGUGGAAACAACUCAAUCAGUUAACAGCUGAUAGACAACAAAAGCUGGAGGAAUCCUCAAAUAACCUAACCCAGUUCCAAACCGUGGAAGCUCAGUUAAAGCAGUGGCUUGUAGAAAAAGAACUGAUGGUCAGUGUGCUUGGGCCCUUAUCAAUUGACCCAAAUAUGCUUAAUACCCAGAAGCAGCAGGUCCAGAUCCUACUGAAAGAAUUUGAUACCCGGAAGCCUCAGUACGAACAGUUGACAACAAGUGGUCAGAGCAUUCUAAGCAAACCAAGUGAACACCAUCCUCUGCAUGGAACUGUGAAAGAACAGCUGACAGUUGUGUCCCAAAAGUGGGAUAGCCUGACAGGUCAAUUGAGUGACAGAUGUGACCGAAUUGACCAAGCCAUUGUUAAAAGCACCCAGUAUCAAAGUCUCCUGAGAAACCUUUCUGAUAAGCUAAGUGACUUGGAUAAUAAACUCAGCACCAGUCUAGCUGUGAGCACACACCCUGAUGCCAUGGAACAGCAGUUGGAAACAGCCCAAAAAAUGAAGCAGGAAGUAGAACAGGAAAUGAAGAAUAUAAAAGUGGCCCAGACCCUUUGUGAAGAGUUGUCAGUACUGGUUGGAGAAGAGUACUUAAAAGCAGAACUCAGUAGGCAGCUAGAAGGAGUCUUAAAAGCAUUUAAAAAUAUUGAACAAAAAUCAGGAAAUCAUGUUCAGCAACUUCAGUCAGCCUGUGCGAGCUCCCAUCAGUUUCAGCAAAUGUCUAAAGAUUUUCAGGCUUGGCUGGGCACAAAAAAAGAAGAACAAAACCAAUUUCGCCCUGUAUCAGCCAAACUUGAUGUCUUACAGGAAUUAAUUAAAGACCAGAAAGAAUUUAAGAAAGCUGUGACUGACCAUUAUGAUUCUUAUGAAAAAACUAUUGCAGAAGGUGAAAAUUUGUUAUUAAAAACCCAGGAGACUGAGAAGGCCGACCUGCAGUUGCAGCUUAACACAAUUAAAACCAAUUGGGACGGCCUUAUUAAACAAAUGACAGAAAGACAAGAGAAGCUGAAUGAUUGUUUGGAGAAAGCCCUAAAGUACAGAGAGCAUGUAGACAACCUUAGGCUGUGGAUAGACAAAUGCCAAAACAACUUGAUGGAAAUAAAGGUUUGCCCAGAUCCUGAGGAAACCGAGAAAUUGAUCACUAAAGUGAAGGGUUUGCAGAAAGAAAUGGAUCAACGCUUCGGAAUGGUGGAAUUAUUAAAUAAUGCUGCAAAUAGCUUGCUCAGUGCCAGUGAGACAGACAAAGAGGCUGUUAGAGAAGAGAAUAAGACAUUGAUCGAGAAAGUAGACAUGGUCACUGAACAACUCCAUAGUAAGAAACAUUCCCUGGAGAACAUGGCACAGCAGCUGAGAGAGUUCCAAGAGAAUAUCAGAGAAGCCCACCGGCAACUUAGGUGUGCCAAGGAGCAGCUGGAAGUUCAUAAUUCCUUAGGACCUCAGGCUUGCAGUAAUAAACACUUGACCGUCAUGCAGGCCCAGCAGAAAUCCCUUCAGGCCUUGAAACCCCAGAUAGAAUCAGCCAAAAAGUUUGCCCAGGACCUGGUACUGGAAGCUUCAGAUUCAAAGGGAACCUCAGAUCUCUUGUUAGAGGCAGAAUCUUUAGAACAAGAGCACAGUGAAGUCAGCCAGCAAGUUGAAGAAAAAUGUUCGUUCUUAGAGACAAAGCUUCAGGGCAUUGGGCAUUUCCAGAACACCAUCCGAGAAAUGUUUUCUCAGUUUGCAGAAUUUGAUGAUGAACUGGACAGCAUGGCUUCGGUGGGAAGAGAUAGAGACACACUGCAAAGGCAGAAGAGUGAUAUCAAGAACUUUCUAAAGAAACUAGAAAACCUUAUAACUGACAAUGAAAAUGCCAAUAAAACCUAAAUGAUGCUGACCACAGAGGAAACAUCUCCUGAUCUUGUUGGAAGUAAGAGAGACUUGGAAGCUUUGAGCAAACAGUGCAAUAAAUUAAUGGACAGAGCAAAGGCCAGAGAGGAAGAAGUUGAAGGGACUAUUUCCCGGCUUGAAGAAUUUUACAAUAAAUUAGAGAAAAUUUAUAAUCUUCUCCAGAAAGCUGAAGAACACGAAGAGUCACAGGGCACCGUUGGAAUGGAAACAGAAACAAUCAACCAGCAACUUAAUGUGUUCAAGGCUUUCCAAAAAGAGGAGAUUGAACCUUUACAGGUUAAACAACAAGAGGUCAAUUGGUUGGGUCAAGGCCUUAUUCAGAGUGCUGCAAAAAGUACUAGUACUGAGAACCUGGAGCAUGAUCUUGAAGAUGUUAAUGCACGGUGGAAGACCCUUAAUAAGAAGGUUGCUGAGCGAGCCGCUCAGCUUCAGGAAGCUCUGCUCCACUGUGGGAGGUUCCAAGAUGCUCUGGAAUCUCUGCUUAGUUGGCUAGUUGAUACUGAAGAUCUUGUAGCCAAUCAGAAACCUCCAUCUGCUGAGUUCAAGGUGGUGAAGGCUCAGAUACAAGAGCAAAAACUUCUCCAGAGAUUGUUGGAUGACCGAAAGCCUACUAUUGAAGGAAUCAAGAUAGAAGGGGAAAAAAUUGCAGCAACAGCAGAACCAGCAGAUAAAGUAAAGAUUUUGAAACAGCUGAGCCUCUUGGACAGUAGAUGGGAUGCAUUGCUUAAUAAGGCUGAAACAAGGAAUCGUCAGUUGGAAGGGAUCUCUGUGGUGGCACAACAGUUUCAUGAAACAUUAGAACCAUUGAUGGAGUGGCUCACAACCACCGAAAAAAAGCUGACAAAUUGGGAACCCAUAGGAACGCAAGCUUCUAAACUUGAGGAACAGAUUGCUCUGCACAAAGCCUUAGAAGAUGACAUCAUCAAUCACAAUAAAACUUUACAUCAGGCUCUUAGCAUUGGCCAGUCUUUAAAGAUUUUGAGCUCCAGGGAGGAUAAAGAUGUGUUGCAGGAAAAACUAGACUCCUUUCAAGUUUGGUACAUUGAGAUUCAAGGAAAAAGUCACAGCAGGUCUGAGCUACUCCAGCAGGCCUUUUGUAAUGCUCAGAUUUUUGGCGAAGAUGAAGUGGAAUUGAUAACCUGGCUGAAUGAAGUUCAUGACAAACUCAGCAAAUUGUCAGUCCAAGAUUACAACAUUGAUGGGCUAUCAAAGCAACAAUCUGAACUUCUGGCUCUACAAGAGGACAUUCUACUCAGGAAACAAAAUGUUGAUCAGGCAUUGCAGAAUGGUUUAGAGCUCCUAAAACAGGCAACAGGUGAUGAAGUCUUGAUAAUUCAAGAUAAAUUGGAAGGCAUUAAAGCAAGGUACAAAGACAUAACUAAGUUGAGUUCUGAUGUAUCUAAGACCCUGGAGCAGGCCUUGCAGCUUUCAGGAAAGCUACAGUCCACCCAUGAAGAGCUUUGUACAUGGCUUGACAAAGUAGAAGUGGAAUUACUUUCAUAUGAAACUCAGGCCCUGAAGGGAGAAGAAUUAAGCCAAGCACAAGAAAGACAAAAAGAGUUGAAAAAAGAAGCCAAGAGCAACAAAGACUUAGUAGAUGCCCUUAAUGAAGUCAGCAGUGCCCUGUUGGAACUGGUGCCAUGGAGAGCAAGAGAAGGACUGGACAAAAUGGUGACGGAGGACAAUGAACGCUACAGAUUAGUAACUGACACCUUAGCUCAGAAGGUGGACGAGAUCGAUGCAGCUAUCCUGAGAUCCCAGCAGUUUGAUCAAGCCGCUGAUGCUGAAUUAUCCUGGAUUGCAGAAACUGAAAAGAAACUUAGGUCUCUGGGUGAUAUUAGACUUGAGCAAGACCAGACCUCUGCUCAGCUUCAAGUUCAAAAGGCAUUUACCAUGGAUAUUUUAAGACACAAGGAUAUUAUCGAUGAGCUUGUUAAAUCUGGGGAUAAAAUCAUGAGCAGUUGCAGUGAAGAGGAGAAACAGUCCAUGAAGAAAAAAUUGGAUAAUGUAUUGAAGAACUAUGAUGAUAUCUGCCAAAUCAACUCAGAGCGGUACCUUCAACUGGAACAGGCACAAUCUCUGGUCAACCAGUUUUGGGAAACGUAUGAAGAACUUUGGCCAUGGCUGACAGAAAUACAAAGGGUCAUCUCUCAGCUCCCAGCUCCAGCUCUUGAAUAUGAAACUUUAAAACAACAGCAGGAAGAACAUCGGCAACUGCGAGAGUUGAUUGCUGAACACAAGCCUCAUAUAGAUAAGAUGAACAAAACUGGGCCCCAAUUACUGGAACUGAGCCCAGGAGAAGGCUUUUUAAUCCAAGAGAAAUACAUGGCAGCUGACGCCCUUUACAGUCAAAUUAAGGAAGAUGUCAAAAAGAGAGCUGUGGCCCUGGAUGAAGCCAUUUCUCAAUCUACCCAGUUCCAUGACAAAAUAGAUCAGACCCUUGAGAGCCUAAAGCGCAUUGUUGAACGUUUGAGACAACCACCUUCAAUCUCAGCUGAGGUUGAGAAGAUUAAAGAACAAAUCAGUGAAAACAAGAAUGUGUCAGUAGAUAUGGAGAAACUACAACCAGUAUAUGAAACUCUUAAACAGCGUGGAGAGGACAUGAUUGCUCGUUCUGAGGGUACUGACAAAGAUAUAUCUGCCAAAGCUGUUCAGGAUAAACUUGAUCAAAUGAUCCGCAUAUGGGAGGAAAUACACACUUUGGCAGAGGAGCGGGAGGCUAAACUGCUGGAUGUGAUGGAACUAGCUGAAAAAUUCUGGUGUGAUCACAUGUCACUAGUAGUUACAACUAAAGAUACCCAGGAUUUCAUCCGGGAACUAGAAGGACCUGGCAUUGACCCCUCAGUAGUGAAACAGCAGCAAGAAGCUGCAGAGGUUAUAAGAGAAGAAAUAGAUGGAUUGCAAGAAGAGCUUGAUAUGGUUGUGAACCUUGGUUCUGAGCUGAUAGCUGCCUGUGGAGAACCUGAUAAACCUAUUGUCAACAAGAGUAUAGAUGAGCUGAAUUCAGCCUGGGAUUCUCUAAACAAAGCAUGGAAGGACAGGGUAGACAGACUGGAUGAUGCAAUGCAGACAGCUGUACAAUACCAAGAUGGACUUCAGGCAAUAUUUGACUGGGUAGAUAUUGCUGGUGGUAAAUUGGCUUCAAUGUCACCCAUUGGAACUGAUCUGGAAACUGUGAAGCAACAAAUUGAUGAACUCAAGCAAUUUAAAUCAGAGGCCUAUCAGCAGCAAAUAGAAAUGGAAAAAUUAAACCAUCAAGCAGACCUCUUACUGAAGAAAGUUACAGAAGAAAGUGAUAAACACACUGUCCAAGACCCCUUGAUGGAACUCAAGUUGAUUUGGGACAGCUUAGAUGAACGUAUUAUCAAUAGACAGCAUAAACUUGAGGGUGCUCUUUUAGCUCUGGGACAGUUCCAACAUGCUCUGGAUGAGUUAAUGACAUGGCUGACACAUACUGAGGAUUUGCUAAAUGAACAGAAACCAGUUGGUGGAGAUCCGAAAGCCAUUGAAAUUGAACUUGCCAAGCAUCAUGUGCUCCAAAAUGAUGUGUUAGCUCAUCAGUCUACAGUGGAAGCUGUUAAGAAAGCAGGAAAUGACCUAAUUGAAUCAAGUGCAGGAGAAGAAGCAAGUAAUCUCCAGACCAAGCUGGAGGUUUUAAAUCAACGCUGGCAAAAUGUAUUGGAAAAAACACAACAAAGGAAAAAACAGCUAGAUACUGCUUUGCACCAGGCACAAGGGUUCCAUGGAGAAGUUGAAGAUUUACAUCAGUGGCUGACGGACACUGAGCGUCACUUGUUGGCAUCAAAACCUGUUGGAGGAUUACCAGAAACAGCUCGGGAACAGCUUAAUACCCAUAUGGAACUCUGUGCUGCCUUUGAAGUUAAAGAAGAAACAUAUAAGUGCCUCAUGCAAAAGGGCCAGCAGAUGCUUGCAAGAUGCCCAGAGUCUGCAGAUACGAACGUUGACCAAGACAUAAAUAACUUGAAAGAAAAAUGGGAAUCUAUAGAAGCCAAACUCAGUGAAAGAAAAGCUAAACUAGAAGAUGCCCUUAAUUUGGCCAUGGAGUUCCACAAUUCUCUUCAGGACUUCAUCAACUGGCUUACCCAGGCUGAACAAACCUUGAAUGUAGCUUCGCGGCCAAGUCUUAUCUUAGACACUGUCUUGUUUCAAAUUGAUGAACACAAGGUCUUUGCCAAUGAAGUAAAUUCUCAUCGUGAUCAGAUCGUCGAGCUGGACAAAAAUGGAACCCACCUGAAAUAUUUUAGCCAAAAACAAGAUGUUGUCAUUAUUAAAAAUCUCUUGAUCAGCGUUCAGAGUCGAUGGGAAAAAGUUGUCCAGCGAUUAGUGGAAAGAGGGCGAGCUCUAGAUGAUGCACGAAAGAGAGCAAAGCAGUUCCAUGAAGCUUGGAGCAAACUCAUGGAAUGGCUAGAAGAAUCAGAGAAAUCUUUGGAUUCAGAGCUUGAAAUUGCCAAUGAUCCAGAUAAAAUAAAGACACAACUUACACAACAUAAAGAGUUCCAGAAAUCACUUGGAGCAAAACACUCUGUCUAUGACACCACAAACAGAACUGGACGUUCUCUGAAAGAGAAAACCUCUCUGACUGAUGAUAAUUUGAAACUGGAUGAUAUGUUAAGUGAGCUCAGAGAUAAAUGGGACACUAUAUGUGGGAAAUCUGUGGAAAGGCAAAACAAAUUGGAAGAAGCCCUGCUGUUUUCUGGACAAUUCACAGAUGCCUUGCAGGCUCUCAUUGAUUGGCUGUAUAGAGUUGAACCUCAGUUGGCAGAAGAUCAGCCAGUUCAUGGAGACAUGGAUUUAGUGAUGAAUUUGAUAGAUAAUCACAAGGUCUUCCAGAAGGAGCUGGGAAAAAGGACAAGCAGUGUGCAGGCUCUCAAGCGGUCAGCUCGGGAACUUAUUGAAGGCAGCCGUGAUGACUCCUCGUGGGUUAAAGUCCAAAUGCAGGAAUUAAGUACUCGGUGGGAGACUGUAUGUGCGUUAUCAGUAUCAAAACAGACUCGAUUAGAAGAAGCCUUACGCCAGGCAGAAGAAUUUCACUCUGUAGUGCAUGUCCUCCUGGAAUGGUUGGCUGAGGCCGAGCAGACACUUCGGUUCCAUGGCGUGCUCCCAGAUGAUGAAGAAGCACUCCGCAACCUCAUUGAUCAGCAUAAAGAAUUCAUGAGGAAACUGGAAGAGAAAAGAGCUGAACUAAAUAAGGCAACAGGUAUGGGAGAAGCUGUCCUGGCCAUCUGCCAUCCUGAUUCCAUUACCACCAUCAAGCACUGGAUUACCAUCAUUAGAGCCAGGUUUGAGGAGGUCCUGGCAUGGGCAAAGCAGCAUCAGCAGAGACUGGCCAGUGCCCUGGCUGGUCUUAUCGCUAAACAGGAAUUGCUGGAAGCUUUGCUGGCUUGGUUGCAAUGGGCAGAGACCACACUCACUGAGAAAGACAAAGAAGUCCUCCCCCAGGAGAUUGAAGAAGUGAAAACCCUCAUAGCAGAACACCAGACUUUCAUGGAGGAAAUGACCAGAAAACAGCCUGAUGUGGAUAAGGUUACUAAGACCUACAAGCGAAGAGCAGCUGAUCCCUCUCCUUUACAGUCACAUAUUCCUGUCCUAGAUAAGGGGAGAGCAGGAAGGAAGCGUUCUCCAACAUCAAGCUUGUAUCCUUCUGGAUCACAGACACAAAUUGAAACAAAGAAUCCCAGGGUAAACUUAUUAGUGAGUAAAUGGCAGCAAGUCUGGCUUCUAGCUUUGGAAAGAAGAAGAAAACUUAAUGAUGCCUUGGACAGACUGGAGGAGCUGAAAGAAUUUGCCAACUUUGAUUUUGAUGUCUGGCGUAAAAAAUACAUGCGGUGGAUGAAUCAUAAGAAAUCUCGAGUAAUGGACUUCUUCAGGCGGAUCGAUAAAGAUCAGGAUGGAAAAAUAACACGACAAGAAUUUAUUGAUGGCAUUCUUUCGUCCAAAUUCCCAACCAGUCGCCUGGAAAUGAGUGCAGUUGCUGAUAUCUUUGACAGAGAUGGUGAUGGCUACAUUGACUACUACGAAUUUGUUGCAGCACUUCAUCCCAAUAAGGAUGCUUAUAAGCCUCUGACAGAUGCAGACAAAAUUGAAGAUGAGGUGACAAGGCAGGUAGCUAAAUGUAAAUGUGCAAAACGAUUCCAAGUGGAACAGAUUGGAGAUAACAAAUACAGGUUCUUCCUGGGAAAUCAGUUUGGUGAUUCCCAACAACUUCGUCUUGUUCGAAUCUUACGAAGUACUGUGAUGGUUCGUGUUGGAGGUGGAUGGAUGGCACUUGAUGAGUUCUUAGUGAAAAAUGAUCCUUGUAGGGCUAAAGGAAGAACAAACAUGGAACUCCGUGAAAAGUUCAUUUUAGCGGAUGGUGCCAGUCAGACAGCUAUGGCAGCUUUCCGACCCAGGGGGCGGAGAUCACGACCAUCAUCCAGAGGAGCUUCCCCUAAUAGAUCAACUUCAAUGUCCAGCCCUGCUGGUCAAAUGGCCUCACCUCAGGCCCCCAUGAUGAGCACUCCAAAGAUAGUCCAGCCUUUAAUACGCAAUUAUGGUAAACCAUGGUUGACAAACAGCAAAACGUCAACUCCUUCUAAACCAGCAGAAUCCUCAGACUUUCAAGUGUCAUCUGCAGAGGGAACACCGAUCCAGGGAAGUAAGCUUCGACUUCCAGGAUAUUUAUCAGGGAAAGGGUUCCAGUCAGGGGAGGACAGUGGAUUGAUAACAACUGCAGCUGCCCGAGUCCGCACACAGUUUGCAGAUACCAAGAGAACUCCUAGCAGACCUGGAAGCCGAGCUGGGAGCAAAGCUGGGAGCAGGUCAAGCAGUCGCCGAGGUAGCGAUGCCUCUGACUUUGAUAUUUCAGAAAUCCAGUCUGUGUGCUCAGAUAUGGAGACUGUGCCUCAGACCACCAGACCAACCCCCCGAGCAGGUUCUCGAUCAACCCCAGCCAAGCCUUCCAGAAUCCCCACACCCCAGAGGAAAUCACCUGCCAGUAAACUGGACAAGUCCACAAAAAGAUAGUGCGAUUGGUUCUGCUACGGGCCUUCCUUGUGCAUUUACUAUUUAAGUUUGUAAGAUGUAAAAUAUGAUGUAGAGAUUAUUGUGAAAUAUUGCAAGAGGUGAGUUUUAAAUUCUGCAGAUGGCCUUAUUUUGUGUAUUUAUCUUGCUCUUUUACCUGUAUAUUUUUUUUUUGUUGGCUAUUUUGGGGAUUAUACCACAUCACAUGUGAAGAGAAAGAGUUUUUAACAAAGACUAACAUUUGUACACAGCAAUGUGUAGAACUUACACGUGAAACUCAAUUCCUGUAUGUACAGGUAAGUCUAUGACCUGACUGAGAAGGGCCGCAUCACUGCAUCAUUAACUAACAGCUAGGGAUACCUCAUGACAUAUCUUUUUUUUUCCUAACAUAAACAGCCAUCAAAAGCCAAAAGACACAAAAUGAUCUAUUUUAAGAUUAUUAAAAUGAACUGCAAAAGAUGGGUGACAAAAAGAAAAAAACCAAUCAUGCAUAUACAUGUACACAUACCAAAAAACCAAAAACACAAAGAAAUAAACACAUUCACAUUACUGUUAUUAAAAACAGAAUCUGUCAGAGAACUCACUUCUCUGGAAGUAACUUCAAGCACUUCCCAGUUCUAUAAAACUCCAAUACCUUGCAGCAUUUCUGUGCCAUUGCUUUAAAUGAGGCCAGAGACUUUCUGGAUAUUAGAACUAUUAUCCUAUAAGAAUAUCAAUACAAAGUGCAUUCAUUUCAAUGUGAGGUUUUCUUUUGCUUGACUGGAUGGUAGCACUGUAUCAUUGAACUCAUUUUGUAUCAAAGCAACUUUGCUUGCAGAAAACUAUGAAAUAAAACAUGUCCCUUAACUACAAUGCUAUGGAAUUAAUUUUUUUCCCCAGGGAAAAAUCAGUACUACAUUAUUUUUAUGGGUAAUAAUAAUUUGGAGUGACCAAAAGAGACUUUAAAAAAAUGGGUUGGUCUUAAUUUCCCACCUUAAAAAAUUACAUUCUGAUAUCAUGUCUAUAUUUAAUAUAUAUACGUUUUAAUUUAUUAUGUAUAUUCACAUAAUAUAGAAAAUGUUAGUAUGCAUUUAAUAAAACAUAUUCACUUGUACA